UUCUUCGUCUUCAUUGCAGUUGUGUUUGUGUUUGCUUUUGCAGUUGCUAGUGUGAGUUGUGCUUGAGUGCUAUGAAAAACUAAUAAAUAUAUGAAAUACAAAUUAAAGUAGCUGCAGAAUCCAGCAAAAUUAAAAUAGCAUUUAUUGUCGCAGUAUGUCAGCUGUUGGCAAAUAAAAAAUCACGUAUCCAUCCACUUACCACCCACGCAACUUCAGCUGCAGUUGCAAUUGACUUCACAGAAGUGCAGUAUUUUGUAUAGAGAAUCAUGUUGAAGUGUAACCAAUCAAUGUUAAAUGCAACUAUAGCGUCACAGUAUCUCCUCGAUUGAGUGUGUGCGCGAUUUAUAUUUAGAAUAUGACGUUAGAGUGCUGUGAAUCGAGAAUUGUGAAUUGAAAAAGGAAAAGAAGUGACCAAGGCAAAAGUGUGACCAGGCGCCAACAGAAUCUGCAUGUCCGAAUAUCUGUUUGUGGAUGCCAAUGGCAAUGCCAGUGACAAUGUCAAUGCCAGCGACUGCAAUGAUUUCAUCACCCACACACUGACAGGGCAACAGCAGCAGAGAGAAGCGUCGACGUCUAAGCCACAAAUUAUUAAGUUUCAGCGUGAACCUCUAGUAUUCUUCAUCAUGCGCCUGAAUCUGAAAGCGGUGCUGAUGCUGCUCAUUGUAGCUGUGAUGGUGAUAACAUUGGGCAUUUACAUGCGCUGUGCCGCCUUCAGUUUCUCGCCGGAGUUUGUGCGUCAACUGGGCCGGAGGCAAACGGCGGAAGCGUUGACCAGCUCUGCCGCUGACCAGGAUCAGCUGGCUCCGCUGCAGGAUAUCGAGUGUGCCAUCAAUCAGGAGUACAGCAUACACUGCAAGCGUGAUGAGAACGCCAAUGAGGUGUAUGUGCCAUUCUCCUUCCUUCGGCAAUAUUUCGAUGUCAGCGGUGCAGUGACGACAAGUGGCGUCGGCAACGAAGCAGCCAAAUUCAAUUGGAUGCACAGCAAUGCAAAAGUAAAUCUGCCCAAGGGCAAGUACGAUCCACGCGGCGUCUUCAUGUACUUUGAGAACUACAACGUGGAGGUACGGGAUCGGGUCAAGUGCAUCAGUGCAGCAGAAGGCGUGCCCGUAAGCACGCAGUGGGAGAAACGUGGCUACUUCUAUCCCACGCAGAUAGCGCAGUUUGCCUUGGCACACUACAGCAAGAAUCUAACGGAGGCAACGCCGCGUAUCCACGUGCUGGAGGACGCUGAUGGCAAUCAAAUGGACUGGACAACACCAAAGACCAGCAACAUGACACGCAUCUGGCAUCACAAGUUCAACACGAGCAUUGUCCAGUUCGAGACGACCAUUGGCUAUGAGAGCGCCAUCAGUAUACAGCUGAAUCAGACGCAGGAUCUGGUGCUCAGCGUCGAUUUGCUGCUGGUGACCAACAGCAGCACCCUUAUGGUCACUGUACUUAAUCGGGAUACCAAGCACAGAUAUACCCUACACUAUAUUGCCGCUGAACUGCUGCUCAGCGUCCAAGAGUCCAACAUUUACUAUGGUCUGGGCAGCGGGGCGCUUAACAAGUGGCGUCACAUCACCCGCGACCUGCACAUUGAUGUCCAGAAGGGCAUCGUGAUGGGCGACAAGCGUUCCCCAUUGAAGGUGCGUCGCAGUGACCUGGAGGUGCUCUCCAUUGCCUUCCUGGGCAUUGGUUUCUAUGAUAACGUCACGCUGUCGACCAGCGAUCAUUUGGCGCAUUUCUAUGAUGCCGCCGAGUGGUUUGUCCACAAUCAGGACACCAAGACUGGCGGCUGGUCGAAUCCAGUGCGGCGCAGUCUCAAUGGCUUUGCCGAGCUGCGUCCCGGCUGGAUAUCCGCCAUGGGUCAAGGGCAUGCCAUCUCGGUGCUGGCACGUGCCUACUGGCAUUCCGGCGGAGAUAUGCGUUAUCUGAAGGCGGCAUCUCUAGGCUUGCAACCGUAUCGCAUCUAUUCCCGCGAUGGCGGUGUCCUAGCGCAGUUUAUGGACAAGUAUUAUUGGUACGAGGAGUAUCCCACAACGCCAGCAUCCUUUGUGCUCAAUGGUUUCAUCUACUCACUGCUCGGUCUCUAUGAUCUGAACAGCACGGCGCCUGGUAAAAUAGCUCGCGAGGCGGGCAAACUCUUUACCCAAGGCAUGUAUUCGCUGAAGAAGAUGCUGCUGCUCUAUGACACCGGCUCCGGCACCAGCUACGAUCUACGCCACUUGAGUUUGGGUGUCGCACCCAAUUUGGCACGCUGGGAUUAUCAUGCAACGCAUGUGAAUCAAUUGCUGCUGCUGGCCACCAUUGACAGCGAUCCGUUGAUUGCCCAGACUGCAGAACGCUGGAAGGGUUACAUGUUUGGCAAGCGUGCCAAACACAACUGAGAACGAAGGAAGCUGGCGGCUGUGGCUGCUGCGGCUUCAUGGCAACCACGUCGCCACAACAACAAUAACAGCAACAACAAGAACAAGUGAUAUUUUUUGUAAACCAUUUGAAAUGGUUGCGUUUAUGCCGUGUACCCUUUUCACUUAAUGUCGAGCUCAAAACUCAAAACCGCUCGCAACUGACAACGAAUUUGAGUUUGUAUUAUUUUGUUUCGUAUUCGUAUUCGUAUUCGUCCGAAAUGUGCUUAAAGAUUUGAUUUAAUUCACUUCAUUAACUAUUAUAUAUUGUUAGUAUUAAGGAAUUGUACCUUUCUUCAUCGUGUAUACCUUGUAUUGCAUAAUCAUUAGCAGCUAUUUGCAACUAUAACCAUUUGUUAAACCAUUAGCUUAAUUGAUUCUUAAGUAGAGCUGCACGCGUAUUUUCACUGGACAAUAUGAGAAACCUAAAAGAGAGAGAACGUAACGUUUACAUACAUUACAUGCAUCGUAUGUAUCUCCGAUGCAAGGGUAUUGAAUACAUAUAUCUCUAUUAACACAAUUACUGUAGACAACUUUUUUACUGCGCUUACUAAGUAGAAUUCGUUACACGCCCCCUGUAUAAAGUUAAAUGUAGAGAGCUUAGCAUUAUAACCAUAGGACACACUCGAUUUAUAGUUAGAUAACUGUUAGAUCCGUAGAUAUAUACAUACGCAAUAUAUAUAUAUGUAUAUAUAUAUAUAUAUAUAUACUUGGGAACACUUGUACUUCACUUCUUAAAUAAGUAUCAUGUUGUUUUCCAACUCAAAUACUAACUGCCCAUCAAGAUUAUGUACUAAAUGAGACAUAUAUAUUGCGAUAUUCGUCAUCAAUGCAUUUAGCUAUUGUAAAUUGCAUGAAAUAAGAUCAUAAAACAAUAA